UCUCAAGGAGCAGUCAGUCAUAUGACUCCCAGAUGGCCGAGUGAGACCCAACGGGGCUGGAAAUGGUCUGCUGAAAAGCUAUGCAGGAGGAUGACAGUUUGUUGUCCACCUGUUCGUGGUGUGGUCGCGACUCCUGCAAGCUCAGAUGGAAGACCCGGAUCACGGUAGAUCCACGGCCGGAGAGGAGGCGAGCUCACCGGACAGUCACAAACCAGGUGUCCGCUUCCAGAGCAGAGUAGCACCGGUCAGCUCUCCUGCUCUGUCCGCCUCACGGCUCACCUUUCCUGGGGUCAUGGACGCCGAGGGGAGGGUGGAUGAGUCAAGGCUGAGGAUGCAUAUUUUCAAAAACGGUGGCGUUUGUCCCUCUGAGCGUGGCCUGGUGUGGCGCUUCUUGUUUGGGAUGUACCCGUGCAGCUCAACAGCUUUAGAGCGCUCUCUGCUGCAGGAGCAGAUGGUGGUACGUUACCAGGUCAUGAAGAGAAAGUGGAAGCAGUUCCUUCCUUCGGCCAUGCGGAUGCACCUCAACGGCACCGACGCUGAAUUGGUGGCAGCAGUCAGGUACUUUGACCAGAGGCAGGCAGUGGCCCAGCAACAGACCCAGGACCAGUCUGAGGAGGUCAGGGACCGUCUGGCUUUCUUGCAGCUUCAGGCACAGAUAUUGUUUGAGCGAGUCACGUUUGACCAAGAGGAGCUGCGGGAAGCCACAAGGAUCAUCGACAAGGAUGUGCCAAGAACUAACAGAGACCUGAGCUAUUAUCAGGGUGAAGGUUCAGGCAACCUGUUGGUUUUGAGAGACAUCCUCAUAACUUAUGCUGCAUUUCAUCCAGAGGUCAGUUAUGCCCAAGGAAUGAAUGACCUGUGCAGCCGGUUCCUGGAGGUUCUAGACUCUGAGGUUGACACAUAUUGGAGUUUCUCCUGCUACAUGGAAAGGUUCUACAAGGACUUCAGGGCUGAUGGUCUGCACAGGAAAAUAGAGUUGGAGGCAGCCCUGUUGAAGGAACUGGACCCUCAGCUUUAUGCGCAUUUGGUGACAGACAGCAUGGAGAGUUUCACCUUCUGCCACAGGUGGCUGCUGCUGGGUUUCCAGAGGGAGUUUGAACACAGUGACGCAUUACGUUUGUUCGAGAUCCUGAGUUGUGACCACCUGGAGCUUAUCUCCCAGCAAGUAGACCGAGCUCGCUAUCAGGAAAGACUUGCACGAAAAUGCAGCACAGAGGACAAUUCAGAGUCAGAGCUGCAGGCCAUCAACACUGACUUCACCUUUGAGCUCUUCAUCUGUGCAGCUAUCCUGUUAGAGAACAGAGAGUCUCUGCUGCGUUGCCAAAAUGAAGUACAACUAAUCCAGUUUACUAGCAGCCUUCAGGGAACACUGGAACUGAACAGCACACUAAAGAAAGCAGAGCACCAUUUGUACAACUACUGCAAGCGCUGUGCUUGGGACUAUAUGAAUGGGUGCUGUAGAGUGGACAAGAGCAAAGGAGAGGACUUUCUUUAUCAACUCCGUAGUUUACUUGUUUUAAAGUGAAAGGUACUAUUUAAAAACCUGAUGUCAAAGUCUUUUAUGGAACUGUAAUUUGUAACAAGGGACAUAUAAUCCCUAUUAAGAGUUUUGAUGGCACAUUAUUUGUUUUUAUUUCUGAGGGAAACACACUGAUGACUGCUUACCUUAAGUUGGAUCUGUUACUGCUGUUUAUUAUAGAUGUACAGUAUGUAUCGUAUAACAGUUGACCCACACCAACUGUGAGUUAUUUAGAUGGCUCUCUUUAACUGCCAUGAAUAUAAAAAGCAUAAGCUCAAUAUCUUUGUAGGAGAUAAGAAUCAUGUUUUAGAGGACUUGUUUUUCUGGGUUAUGCAAUAUUCAACUGCAAGAAGAAAACAACUGCAGUUAUAUUUAAUGCCAGAUUGUCUCUGUGCAGAGAGGGGCCUAUGUUACAAAAAUAGACAUCCAGUUUUUGAGGUCUGGCUGAGGGACCAUGUAGUAAGUGGAAGGAAAAUUACUGCACUACUGUCUUUUAAACUGAGAAUGUAACAUAAACACUAUAUAAAUAACAAAAAAAUGAUACCUCAAUAAAACUGCUGAAGAUUGUAAA